UUUGGUGCAGUCUGAGGUUUGUAACUUGUGUAACUCCGCCUAUGAACACCCAUACAUCCAGUCCGUGGUGUUAGUCUCUGUUCCUCUCAGUCAGGUGGAACUUAAAACCCUCUCCGUCUCCCUGCUGAGAUUUUACAACUUGCUUUAACCUGUCGGAAUGUGUGUGUCCUACUGAACUCUUUCAACUCGCCAUCUUCUGCAGGCCUCAUCAGGGAGAAAUGGAGAACGGAGGGUCUGAAAACAUCCUGGAUGAUGAGGAGGCGCUGUGGGAGAAUGUCGAGAAGAACCGGUACAUCCUGUGCCGUUACAUUAACCCCAACAAGCUGACCUCCUAUCUAAGGCAGUGCAAGGUCAUUGACGAACAGGACGAGGACGAGGUGCUAAACUCCUUACUGCUGCAGACAAAGGCCACCCGUGCAGGUCGACUGCUGGACAUUCUUCACACUAAAGGCGAGCGAGGCUAUGUAGUAUUCUUGGAAAGUUUGGAGUUAUACUACCCUGACCUAUACAAGAUGGUGACAGGCAAAGAACCCACUCGGAGGUGCUCUUCUAUUGUUGUGGAGGAAGGCCCUGAGGGUCUGACCCAGUUCCUAAUGAACGAAGUGAUGAAGCUGCAACAACAGGCUAAGGCCAAGGAUGUGCAGCGCGUGGACAUCAUGGCCAAGUGCCGCACGCUAGAGGACGAACAGAAGAAGCUGCGUCUAGCCAACCAGGAGCUGCGCACCUUCCAGGAGCGCUAUAACAAGAUAAAGGAGGAACGGAACAACUGCAACGAUGAGCUCAUUAAAGUGAAGGAUGACAAUUACCAGCUGGCCAUGCGCUAUGCUCAGCUCAGCGAAGAGAAGAACAUGGCCAUCAUGAGGAGUCGAGACCUGCAGCUGGAGAUUGACCAGCUGAAGCACAAGCUGAACAAGGUGGAGGAGGAAUGCAAGAUGGAGAGGAAACAGUCUCUAAAACUGAAGAACGAUAUCGAGAACCGUCCUCGCAAAGAGCAGAUCUAUGAGCUAGAGCGAGAAAACGAAGUUCUGAAAAUCAAACUCCAGGAGCUACAGUCUCUCAUACAGCCUGGGCCACUGACGGAUUCAGACAAGGCCCUCCGGGACAUCCUGGAACACGACCGCCAGGAAGCUCUGGAGGAUCGGCAAGAGCUGGUGAACAGACUUUAUAACCUGCACGAAGAAUUGCGGCAGGCCGAGGAGCUCAGGGACAAGUAUCUCGAGGAGAAGGAGGACCUUGAGCUGAAAUGUUCCACUCUGGUGAAGGACUGUGAGAUGUAUAAGAACCGUAUGAAUACCAUCAUGUUCCAACUGGAGGAAGUGGAACGUGAACGGGACCAGGCAUUUCGAGCUAGAGACGAUGCCCAGAACCAGGUGUCUCAGUGUCUGAUUGACAAAGACAAGUACCGUAAGCAGAUACGGGAGCUGGAGGAGAGGAGUGAUGAGCUGCACAUCGAGAUAAUGCGUAAAGAAGCUAAGAUAGUCACAUUAGAGUCCAGACUAAGGCGCCUCUCCAAAGACCAAGGGGUGGAUCUUACCCAGAGUUUAUCUCGAGACAUUAUACCGGUGACCAAAUUUCUGAACAUUGAGCAUGCAGACAACAAGAUGGAGGGGCCGUCCGAGGACUCUGGGGAGGAGACUUCAGAGGACAUGUUCUUUUUCACACCCAGCACUGAAGUCCCACCAAAGAUUAAACGCAGACCAAAUCUCAAAGGGAUAAGAGCGAAAUCACCAAUCUCUCCACCCAAAUUGUUGGAUUUCCAAGCUGCGCAUCAUACCAAUGGGGAGAUCUCAGAAAUCAUAAGCCCAGAUGCUCACUCCAUGAUGAUAAACUCCCCCUUCAGCACACAACAAGCCCGUAACAGAAACCAUAGCAUCAUGUCCACAACAGCUGAGCCUCCAGAGAAGGCAUCCAUCCUCAGGAGGACUAAAGAAGGAGAUCAGGAAUUCCUGCCACGAUGCCUUGAUACAGUGGAUUCCGAUGGAGACAUAGAUGAUACAGACACAUACGGCCCACCCUCCAUCCACUCUUCUUCAUCCUCCCAUCAGUCAGAGGGUAUGGACUCUUAUGAUCUGGAGCAGGUCAACAACAUCUUCAGGAAAUUUUCACUAGAGAGACCAUUCCGUCCAUCUCUAACGUCCUGCGCUCGUCCUACCACUUUGCCCCCAGUGCAGGAGCUUUCUCUCAUCGGAGACACUCUCUUGAAUGACAUUACUCUGGUUGGGGGCAAUGACAGCGGCAUAUUUGUUUCCUCUGUUCUUCCUGGCUCCAGCGCUGAAAAGGCUGGCUUAAGAAUGGGACACCACCUCUUAUGGCUGAAUGGCUGUAUUCGGGGAGAAAGCCAGAGCUUACCUUUGGACACGUGCACUCAGGAAGAGGCUCACUGGACACUUCAGAGAUGCACUGGCCCUGUCCAGCUCCAUUACAGAAGUAACUUUGAGGGUUACAGGCGUCUGCAGAAGGACAUAGAGGAGGGCCGAGCAGUGUCGGGCGACUCGUUCUACAUCCGUGUCAACCUGAACAUCUCCGGCCAGUUAGACAGCUGCUCACUGAGCGUCCGGUGUGACGAAGUGCUCCAUGUUUUGGACACACGGUACCAGGGCAAGUGUGAGUGGCUGUGUGCGCGUGUAGACCCAUAUACCGACAAGGACCUGGAGAAGGGCACCAUCCCCAGCUACAGCAGGGCCCAGCAGCUUCUCCUGGUGAAGAUCCAGAAGCUGAUGUGUCGUGGCAGCCGAGAAGAGACAGAUAGUCUGAGGGGACUUAGGAAUACGUUGCAGCCUGAGGAAGCCGCUCCAUCAGACCCUAAGUGCAGUCCACGCAUGUCCAGAGCCAGCAUCUUCAUCUGUCAGAUCCUGCAGUUUGUCAGCAGGGCAGAUAACAAGUACAAGAGGAUGGACAGCAACGAUCGUGUGCGCAUCCUCAACGCUGGCAAUCUGUCAUCUCUUCCCAAACAGGGCUUUGAAACCAUGAAGCCUGAGGGCCGCUUUCGUAUUGUAGAUACAUCCGACUCGGAGAGCGAUCUGAACAAGAGCGAUCUAAACCUGAUCCCAUACAGUCCGGUGACGCCACAUCACUGCCCACGCAAACGCCCCGUGCUCUUCUCUCCCAACAUCCUGGCCAAAACCAUCGUCCAGAAGUUCCUCAACUCUGGGGGAGCCAUGGAGUUCAACAUUUGCAAGCCAGACAUCCUGACAAAAGAGGAGUUCCUUAUGAAGCAGAAGAUAGAGCCUAUAAUCUUCUCAAAGGAAAGGCAGGCGAGCACGUACGAGUGUAUCACCCCUGAGAACAUCGAAGCUGUCGCCUUUAAGAGUAAACACUGUCUCCUGGAAGCAGAUCUGAGCUGUGCAAAAGAGUUGCUCAGGAGAGAAAUCUACCCCAUCGUUAUCUUCAUCAAGAUCUGCGACAGGAACAUCAAGAAAUUUAAGAGGCUGCUUUUGAAGGUGGACUCCUUCCCUCAGGAGGAGGAUUUCCUGAAGAUGUGCCGCGCUAAGGAGAAAGAGCUGGAAGCCCUGCCGUGUCUCUAUGCCACCGUUGAACCCGAUUCCUGGAGUGGGGUGGAGGAUCUCCUCAGGCUCAUUAAGGACAAGAUCCUGGAAGAGCAGAAGAAAACGGUGUGGGUGGAGCAAGAUCUGCUGUAGAUCACCUGACCUUGAGAACAGACAGACAGCCACAGACAGUGCAGGUUACACUGAUCUCUGAAACUCUGUCAGCGCUUGUGGCGCAGCUGGAACGUAUACGCAAAGCCACUGCAAUGCAAAGAGGAAGUGAUGCAGAGGUAUGUGGUUCCUGUGCAGUGAAAAAGAAAAUGCGCCUAAGGAAAGACGGCCUUUUCUGACAACAGUCCCAGCUACACGUGGACACGUUCUCAAUCGAAGCCUUUUUUUUUUUUUUUUAAAUAUCAUUCGUUCUCCAAAUGUGCUGCUGUGGUCAAUAAAACAUUAUUUUGCUCACGUUCUAUCUGUAAUACCCAAUAAGGCACAGCCCAUUGCAUUUUGUUGGAUUCCUUCCACAAUUUUUUCCCCUUGCAAAUGCUCCCUGCAGUUCUCAUUUAUCAUCCUGAGUGACCACAAACAAGAUGAAUGUUGAUAAUUCUAAAGCGAAUUUGAUGCCCUUAUCAUUGCAUUGCUUAAAUGAUGGACCAGAGCUCUGAUUUAUUUCACUCCAUCUUCGUGCUGUCAGUAUAUUUAUUUUAUACCCAACAUGCAGUGCAUUAUUUAAAAGAAAGGCCGUGUUGUUUCCUCCGCUGUAGUGUGUACAGGUUAUGUGUGGGUGGAUGACUUGUCUUUGCUUGUUAUAGGUUCGACGCAUAGGUGUGCAUGCUGUAUAGUAACUAGCGCACUCGAAAAAAACCAUGCAGCAUUAAGUUUGACUGAAUAAUUGUGUGAGUGAUUUGAAUAUUACGUGAAGACGUUUCUUCUAGAGCUAUAACUCUUUGAGCAGUUCUACAAGUUGCAUGCAAAAAAAAAAAAAGAAAAAGGGAACUGUCACCUAGAAGUUCUUCGCCUGUUUGCCUCUGAAUGCCAAAUGCGCUUUUUUUCUGCUGUGAAAAUAAGGGGUGUGGCACCGUUGCACCAAGCCUCAAGGUUGACAUAUAAUCCUGUGAUAACUUUCAUAUCAUCACAAACUUGUGCAUAAUUGCAAAUGUGUUUUUUUUGACGGCAAGACACUACAGGUACUUACGUCAAUCAUGUACAACUGUAUAAGAUGUCUUCUUUUAAACCGGAACAAUAAAAAAAUCCAAACUCAUCCGAAAAGUUCAAACUUAGCCACUUUGAAGAACUCUUAAGCUCCACCCACUCGGUACAAUCACGUCAUAUCCAUAUGCAUCCUGGAAAAGCUUGUUUUGUGAAAUAUGGGUGUCAACAGCCAUAACAUUAAAACCACCUGCCUAAUACUGUGUAGCUCUGAGCCGUCGAGGCAUGGACUCUACAAGAUCUCUGAAGGUGUGCUGUGGUAUCUGGCACCAAGACGCUAGCAGCAGAUCCUUUAAGUCCUGUAAGUUGCGAGGUGGGGCCUCCAUGGAUCAGACUUGUUUGUCCAGCACGUCCUACAGACGCUUGAUCGGACUAAGAUCUGGGGAAUUUGGAGGCCGAGUCAAGACCUUGAACUCUUUGUCAUGUUCCUCAAACCAUUCCUGAACAAUUUUUGCAGUGUGGCAGGGCGCAUUAUUUUGCUGAAAGAAUCUGCUGUCAUUAGGGAAUACCGCUGUCAUGAAGGGAUGUACUUGGUCUGCAACAAUGUUUACGUAGGUGGUACGUGUCUAAGUAACAUCAACAUGAACGCCAGGACCCAAGGUUUCCCAGCGGAACAUUUCCCAGAGCAUCACACUGCCAACACCAGCUUGCCUUCUUCCCAUAGUGCAUCCUGAUGCACUGUGUGUUCUGACACCUUUCUGUCAGAGCCAGCAUGAACUUUUUCAGCAAUUUGUGCUACAGUAGCUCUCCUGUUGGAUCGGACCAGAUGGGCUAGCCUUCGCUCCCCAUGCGUGUCAAUGAGCCUCAGGCGUCCACGACCCUGUUGCCGGUUCACCGGUUGUUCUUCCUUGGACCACUUUUGGUAGGUAUUAACCACUGCCUAGCAGGAACACCCCACAAGACCUGCAAUUCUGGAACAAGAUUAUCAUUGUUAUUCACUUCACCUGUCUGUGGUUUUAAUGUUAUGGCAGAUCGGUGUAUGUCAGUUUAUGUGUCAUUAUGACAUACAUCUGAAAUUUCUUUAUAAACCUUACACACCCUGCUGACUCGAGUGUAUUUUUAAAACCGUUUUUCUCAAAGUCGUAUUUUCUAUAGUUAAUCUCAGUUUUCAGACAACCUGCACUCUUCAUUUCGUUCCCUAAUUCGAAGUACAUUAGAAAGGAAAAACACUGAAAAAUGGCUUUUAUUUUCUUGAUUAAAUAAUUUAAAAACGAUUAAUUCCAAGUCGUCCUCUUGAGAGUGUCUUCGCAGCCAAGUGAAUAUUUAAAUUCCAACAACAUCAAAAGGCUAGAUUUUUUGUUUUAUCAAGUAUGCAAAUGUAUGCAUCUUUAAUUAUGCAAAUCCUAAUUGGCAUAAAUAAAUGUACUUUUUCUUUUCAUUUCCUUUACAAAAAAUAAUUCAGUAAUCACCUGGCAAAGGUUGAUUGUGAAAUCAAUUCUUUUGUUGUUGUUUUUUUAAAUCACCUGUAGUGUCUUGCCUUAAAUGAAUGUAUAUGUCUGUGUUUAACUAUAUUUAUUACAAGUACAGUCAAAAAGUUCAGAAUUUAUUAUUAUAGUAGAGACUGUGUUAACUAUAUUAAAGAUUGUGUAAACCUUUUUGUGAAAUCUCUUGUCCAGACUCCUUGAGCAGUUGAAGCAUAGAUGUCUGUAAGAUAAGUUCCACACAAAUGUACUUUAUAUCAGAUAUAUAACCGUAUGUUUUGUUUUACAUUAAACAUGUUUUGAAAGAACA